AUGGGCGAUCCAAAAUCGUCCAGCAAGCCGCCUGGGAGGCGAUGCUUUGUGACCAUCGGCGCAACAGCUCCCUUCAACGGUCUGGUCCGCGCCGUUCUGGAACCCGCGUUCAUCAACCCGCUCCGUGACGCAGGAUACACACAACUCCGAAUUCAAUAUGGCGACCAUGAAGGCGAGAAGAUAUUCCAGGAGCGAUGCAGGAUUCUAAAGGAAGCCGGGUUCGACGACGGCAUCGAGAUCACGGGCUUUGGGUUCAAGAAAGAAGGCCUGCAACGGGAGAUGGUGGCAGCCAAGGGCCAAUCUCCCCAGGAUGAGGGAAUGGUCAUCAGCCACGCCGGUUCAGGAUCCGUCCUUGACGCCCUUCGCGUCAGCGUGCCCAUCGUGGUGGUUCCAAACCCCGAGCUUCUGCACAACCAUCAAGUCGAGUUGGCCGAGGCCCUGGCCGAACAGGAGUACGUAAUCCACGGCAAACUCGACAAUCUCGCGGCUUCGAUAGCGAGCGUCGAGGAUCUACGGAGGAAGAUGAAACAGUGGCCACCGCUGAGGUCCGGAGAAGAAAAGUACAAACGUGGCCUGGAGGACGUGGUUGCGGACGAAAUGGGCUGGCAGAUCGAUUGA